AUCGAACUGAGUCGAAUUUUUUUCAAGUGAAUCACUUUAACAAUGGCAUUCAAGGUUAUCCUCUCCGUGGUCCUGGUGGCGUUGAUCGCCUGCGUCCAGGCGAAGCCAGGUGGUCCGGCGGCCUACUCGAUCAGCGCCCCCAGCGUUGACCACGCCUCCGUGGGCAGCACCCAGGAGCACACGGUGAAGGGCCACUACGGCCAGUCCUCCCAGUCGGACUACGCCAGCCAGGUCCAGACCGCCCACUCGCAGUCCCAUGUCCAGCGCUCUAGCAUCAGCAAUGACGCCGGCCUGGCGCCCGUCGCCGCCCACGGCUACGCAGCUGCUCCGGCCCACGCCAUCGCUGCGCCCGCCUACUCCUUGGGCUACGCCGGCCACACGGCGCCCGCCCAGAUUCAGGGCGUGGCCUACGGCGGACACUAUGCGGCCAGCGCUCCGGCAACCGUGCAGAUCUCCGGACUGGGGCACUCGCUGGGACUGGGACACUCGCUGGGAUUGGGACACACGACGCUGGGACUGGGCGGAUACGGGGGCUACGGAUACGGAGGCUAUGGCUCCUAUAGUGCCGCUCCGGCCAUCUCGCACGGAUAUCUGGCCCAUGCCCCAGUCGCCGCCGCUCCCGUUGUGAAGUACGCCGCUGCACCAUCGUACGCUCCCGGUAUCAUUGGACACGGCAUUGGACUGGCCGCCCCCGCAUACGCUGCCCCCGCCUACGCCGCUCCCGCAUACGCCACGCAUCUGGCCGGGCCCGUGGUGAAGGCCGCCGUUGCCGCACCCGCCCUUGUGCACACAUCGGUCUCCGGCCAUGGUAUUCACUAUGGCUACUAGAGGAUCCACCGCCCACCGCUCACCGCCUCCGCCUCCGCACCGCCCCCCUCGCCAGUGAACUCGCACACACACAAAUUCACACUCCCAGCCGUCUGGCUAACUACACUAAAAGGCACAAUAAUACCC